AAAGUCAUAAACAACAUGACGUGAUCGUCCAGCUGACGCGCCCAUCUGGCGUCAUUUCCGCCAAGCGAAGCCUUCUGAGGCGAAGUCUUACCGAAUCCUCGGAAUGGUGAACAACCGAAUCACGGAGGAAGGGCAAGGUGAAGCCUACCGACUCAUAGAGGAUGAUCUUCCUGCUCUGCCACACUCUCCUUCCAAAAAGACCUCUCCUGCCAAGCGAAAACAGUAUUACAUCAACCGUGCCAUCCGUAACUCUGAUCUGACGCCUCGGGCCAAGGGACGCAAGAGUCUGCAACGUCUUGAGAAUAAUCGGUAUCUGAUGACUCUGCUGGAGAGGGAGGAAUAUACCAGUGAGGAAGUGGAAAACUGCUCUUGUGCAUCUCCCAGUAUAUUCUCAGAGGCCUGUAACAAUGAGACAUAUGUGGAGAUAUGGAAUGACUUCAUGAACCGCUCUGGAGAGGAACAAGAGAGGGUAAUUCUUUAUCUGGAGCAAAAGGUGAGAAGACCCAGAGAAAGGAAUGGCAAGAACAAAGACAAUAAUACAGAAUACCCCACAUACACCCCUGAGGAAUGUUAUCAGCGAAUCAGCCGCAGUCUACGUGGCACUUUACGAAAGCGCCAGAUCCCCAUGGGAACUUUGGAGUGCUUGGAAGAGGAAAUGCUCUCCUUCUUCUCUGUCAGCCCAGAAUCUGUUUACAUUGCCAUGAUGGAAAACAGCUACCAGCGCCUCCUGCUGCAUGCUGUUUGCCAGUACAUGGAUUUGGUCUCUGCCAGUUCUGAUUUCAAAGGCAAACGUCAGAUGCGUGUGAUAAACAGACACCGGGAGUUUUGUCCCCCAGAGCUACUUCUCUCCUCCUACCUCCAGAUGAGAUGUUGACCAUUUCUUGAACAUCCAUUGCUGACCAUUACUCAGCAGCUUGUUGUUGUUGCAUUGCUAGGGGCCCUGUCCAUAAAUGCUUUGCACACUGUUAUUGCUCAUCAUGGCAGCACUGCACCUUAAGGCAGUGAAAGGACCACUGGUAGACCAGCCUCUAACAUGUGCAAUGGAAGAGGCAUGUUGGUCACUGUGCCAAAUUCUGUAUCCUUGCCAAAAGCCAAAAUACUUUUCUGCAUCUUCAAAUCAGUGUGCAAAGUCAUGAAAGGACAGAGCACAAGACCAUGUGUAUGAUUGUAAAUAUGUAAAUGUAAUGAAUGUCAAAGCAACAUGAUCAGUCAAAUAAAAUUGAAAGGGCUAAAUCUUUCCACAGUGGUGUCACUAAAGGAAAUAAGUGAGCCAGUGUAUUCCUUCUCCUGAAAUUUAGUUUACUGGGUAGUACAUUUUACAGGGACGCUGGCACUUUAUUUUUUUUUCUCCUUAUGUGCCUGCAGAACCUUUGCAGAAGGCCAGCUGUACAUGUUUACAUAGUGGUCAAAGCACAGUGCAAAUACAUAUCGGACACUGACAGGUACUAUAGUAUUAACACUAUUUAUUUUACCAUUACUAACAGCUAACCAAAGUAAGUUUACAAGGGACAUACUAGACCAGUAUUUAAUGUCUGAGUGCCUAUGUCUGCCUAUAAGUCCUGCAUCAACUGUGCUAUUACAAAAUUUGUUGUUCAAAAGAGAUUUGCAGAUUGUCCUAGACACAUAAAUGUAAAAAUAUUUUAAAUGAUUUUAGUAUAAUGUCACACAUAUCAGUGAUGCACUCCCUUCUGGGCCAACUUUGAUGUGCACUGACAUGCUCAUGGGGGAUUUUGGUUCAAGAAUGCAAAAGUAUGCACUUUCUUGUGAAAGCCACCCUGUGUGUGCAGACUAUCAGAUGCACUGGCUAUCAUUGCACAUAGAUGUAGGUGCAGAAGGGAGCAUAUUGGCAUUUUUUCCCCUGAUGGAGCAAAUGCCUAGUGUGACAUAGCCCCUAGAGUGUACUAAUUAAAAAGCACUAAAUAUAAAGUAAGACUUUAUAGAAAGAAAUAAAACUGCUUAUACCACUGUGGAAUUCUUAAAAUUACUGCCCAAAACAGUUGCAAGAAUAUCAGUGUAUCACCACAAUAAAACUACUUAGCACUUGAAACUGUGUCAGGUUGUGUUAGUUGCAGAAAUAAACUCCCAGAUUAUGUAUUCUUAUUUUUAGCAAGAAUUAUAUCCCGUAAAAAUUAAGCUCUUUUCCAAGCACAAGUAAUUAAUUACAAAGCUAUUAAAAUACAAGGUAUUGUUGCCCUGUACUUGUAAAAGCUGCGCAUUUGCUUCAUAAACCCUACUAUAGUUUAUAUAAACAAAGCUGCUGUGUAGCCAAGGGGACAGCCAUUCAAAAUAAAUUGUGUUAUAUUGUACAGGUUACAAAGCAGAAAAGCUCUGUAAAACAACACUGUAUUCUAUAGAGCUGCUAUGUAAUCUGUGACUACUUUUUUGCAGCUUGAAUAGCUGCCCCCAUUACUACACAGCAGCUUUAUUUAUAUAAACUAUAGUAGUAUUAGGGCAAAGACACGCAGCGAUUAGUCAGCGUGACUUUUUAAAAAGUUGUGGCGAUUAGUCGCAGCAACUGAUAGGAAAAGUUGAGAUUUGUUGCAGCGACUGACUUUUUUAAGAGACGCAGCAACUAAUUUCCCCAUGUGCCUUCGCCCUUACUGAAGCACAGAGCUUUUACCAGCACAGGCCAACAGUGCUGCUGCUCCUACCAGCUACAGCCAAAAAUUGAUAUAUUGGUCAACACAGCAUGUUUUUACAACCUGAUAUAUAGAGAUUAAUUUUCUUCCUGUAUAAUCAAUGUGUUCUGGCAGGCAGUAGGGAGCUAUAGAGGCCCCUGUUGUGCUCUGUCAGGUCCGUUUUAAUUCAUCUCUGUCACCCAGCUUCAUUGUGAAGUUUAGAAAAUUAUCAUGUUGCUCGGCUAACUGGUGCUAAUUAGCUAUUAUUUAUCAGUCUUCUACAUGUAGAGCUUUGUGGUGUAAUUCUAUAUUUUCUGGUGUAAUAAAUGAUAUCUGAAGUUUAA